UGUUAAGUCAAGAUGGAGUCAGUCAUUGUGUGCUACGAAGUUAUAGCUUUUUUACCAAUUUAUUUUUUCAGUUAGAGUAAUUUUUGAGCAAAUUAUUGAAAUCAACUGGAAUAGCUUUUUCUGGAAUAGCUCUGUUUUUAGCUCUGAAGAAAAUGGAAGGCAGCCGUAAGAUAUCUAGAACUUCUAACCAACGUCGUUGUUUGCAGCUAGGAAAUGAAGAAGUGUCAUUACUAGUUCCUUCAUCAAAAUGGUUAUUGACGUAUGGUUUAAAAGCUUUAAAGUUGGACUUCAAUCAGGUUUUAUCCAGUAUUGGGUUUAAGAAUAGUGAUGAUUACAUCAAUAUCCUAAAGAAGCCCGUUUCGUCAAGGUAUGCAAAUGGUUUAUUUAAAAAAGUUGCUCAUAAAGAUGGAACAUUUUAUAAUAUCAUUGGUUCUAGAGAUAAUUUAAAACAAUUUGAAGUAAAAUUGCAACAUGUUGUUGAAUUAUAUAAGAAGAGACUUGAAUGGUUAACUACUUCAAGCCGUAAAACAUGUGGAGUUAUAGAAGAAAGUCGUAUUUGCAUCAUUAUCGAUAUUCAAGAAAAAUCUGAAUCUCAGUUUCAAUUGUGCAUGCAAACAUUAAUCAGUCUUCUAAAAGAACAAGUUGCACAUAUAAAAAAGCUUAAUAUCAUGAGAGCUGCAUCAGACAUAAAAAUGUGGCAAAAUCAUUGCGUAAGUGUGAACAUAGAAAGUUUAAAUGAUGCCGUUUCGUGGUUAAAUGAACAGACUAGACUUUCUGAAUAUAGUAGCACAAGUGCAUUAGAGUGUAUCUUGGAAGCUUCAAAGGAUAAACAGUUGGAAGCAAUUUAUCUUUACACAGAUACUAGUCUUUGCAAAUCAGGAAAAGAAAUCUUAGCAGAAAAGAUUAAAGACUUAACAUUACCAAUCCAUGUUGUUUGUCUCAAUGAGAAACAUUAUCCGAAUGCUAUGUUUUUAAAAACACUUGCAAAUGAAAAAAAUGGAAGAUUUCAUUUUUAUCCAAUAAAUGGAAAUGAUCUUUUACCACAAAGAUCGAGUAAUAAAAACGUAAAAGGAUUCGGUGUAAGACCAGACGUUAUGCUGGUAUGGGAAGAACUUGAUCAAGCUAGGACAGUAUUGUUCGAUAUCCAAUCUUUGGUGGCAGACUUUGAUUUUACAAAACCUCCAAAAUAUCAAGACGAAUCUCAAAAGGAAACUUCAACUCCUCCGAAGACAGAAAGAAGUACUAAUGAAAUGUACAUGAGCUCUAAACAGUGGUUAAAAAAACAUGGACUAAAAAAGUUAAACUUGACUGUGUAUACAUUUUUGAAAGGAUUGGUUUUCAGUCACUGUGAUGGAGUGCUUGAAACACAACGUCCAUGUGUUGAAAAUGAAACAUCUGCUUUUCAGUCGACUUUUAUUGAUGCGCGGUACUGCAACAAGUUUGCUCAUAUAAAUUGGCAUGAUGGAACUGUAAAACAUGUACAUGUGACUGGAACAGCUUAUCGAAGAUUUGAAGAAAGAAUUGUUCAGAUACUGGAAAGAUACAGACAACGUCUUGAAUGGUUACAAAAGGGAAGCAGAGAGUUAUUUGGUACCAUUAUUGAGGAUAGGGCUGUCAUUUUGAUUGACACUUCAUCAUCAAUGGAGUCCAGGUUACCUGUUGUAAAAGAAAAGCUCUUAAAAUUAUUUAAGGAACAACUUGUUAAUAAAGAGAAAUUUAAUGUGAUACAUUUUGACUCACAAGCGGAAGCAUGGAAGGAUCAUCUGGUAACUUGCAAUGGACAAAAUCUUGAUGCAGCCUAUCAAUGGGUAAAAACCUUGCAAGCAGAUGGGAGCACUAAUACUCUACAAGCUCUCAAAGUAGGUUACAGCAUGGUUGGAGUGCAAGCCUUGUAUCUCCUGACUGAUGGAAGACCAGAUCAAGUUGCCCUGACAAUUCUCUCACAAGUAAACACAACAAUUCCUGUUCAUUCAAUAUCAUUUAAUUGUGACGAUUCUGAAGCAAAUCACUUUCUCUUUGAACUCUCAAACAAAACAGGGGGAAGAUAUCAUUAUUUCUCUGAAGAUAUAAGAUCAAAUGAAGAAUCGCCACCACCAUAUGAAAGUGAAGAUUUACAUUUAAUCAGAUCAGAAAUUGAAAAAGGACUCAAUGAGCUUGAAGCAAUGCAUAAACUACACAAAGAAAGCUUUCAAAUUGAAUUAAUGAACCAAGAACGAAAUGGAGCACGUUCUGCUAGAUUAAAUGGUUCAGCCGCUUCUUCUAUGACGCCGCACAAACCACUCCAGUUGUCUGCACGAAGUUAUGUAAACAAUAAAUCGUCGUUGCUUCGUAUGAAUCCUAUUUCUCGACCUCAAACACAAAACGGGUAUUUUAGCACUAUGCCGCAAAAUAGUACGCCGGAACAGACGGAGAAGAAGAAAAAGAAAAAGAAGAAAAAAAGGUCCAAACCUAGUGGUAGUGAAAUAAAAAGGUGGAUCCACGAGAACGGUAUUGUCGCGGAAAAACUGACAAUCCUUGAUGCUCUCGCACCAACUAUUAUAAACCAAAAGGCCAAAUAUGUUCCAGCUUUAGGGAAAGAAGUGUUAUCCAAAGUUUAUGGAGAGGUUUUACCAAUUGUUCAUACUUCAUCCGGGAAUGAAAAGGAAUACCAAAUUGUGAAUCCGCAAGCGGUUGAUUUACCUUGGUAUGAAGAAAGACUAAUCCGAUGCUUAAAAACUAUUGAGGAAAAAUUGGAUAACUACGUCUUCAACUUUUUAAGUGACGAAUUAAGAGAAAGGUUAAAUAGUGAGGAAAAUAAACCUCCUUCUUACCUCCAAAACAAAGAAGAAAUUGAUAAAGAAUUAGAUUUAUCUGGUUUGACAUCUGUUCAGAAAGAUGUUGAAUUGUUGGAGAAAGAAAUUCUACAAGGGAAAUUGUAUCUUAAACAAUCUGAAGAUUUGAGACAAAUGGUGGGACAGUUAAGCAAAGAAGCCAAAGAAAAAAAGACAAAGAAAUCUUCACAUGAGAUCUCAAAGACAAAAAAGAAGGUGAACAAAGAAGCAACAAUGCCCAACAGUACACGCAUGCGAUAUCAUCGCGUGUUAGCGCGUUCAGAUUUAGAUGGAUUAUAUUAUCCUGCGUUAGUCAACAAGUACGUGAACGAACGGUAUGUCAGUGUCUGCUUCGAUAAUGGUGAAAAUCAGUUGACGUCAGUACGAUAUGUGGUGUCUAUUGGAGGUUCGGCACCAUGCCCUUCACUAAGCGUUGGAGAUUACGUAUUGGUGAAAUCUAAUCACAGCGAAGAAGGGUGUUACUUCUAUGUUCCUGGAAUUGUACAAGUGACACCAUUACGAAUGAAAUCGUCUAGUAAAUGUUAUACUGUUAUCAGAUACAACGGAACAAAAGCUACAGCGUUGAGAAAAGAUCUGAUUAAAAUCACACGUACAAGAUAUGUGUUUUCAACAAGAUUUAUACAUGAAGUGAAUCAACCUGCAGAAGGUGAUCAAAAGAUUUAUGAUGAAGUCAUCAUCCACGAUCAGGAGAAUGACGGUCGCCAUUCUUCUGCUUCGUCAUCAUCUGUUCGAUCAAGUAGAUCUGCACAUUCCAAAAGGUCUUCAGCAGCCUCCUCCACAUCAGUGGCUCCUGUUCCUAUCAUCGUUAAGCACUCUCCAAGUCCUGCAAAACACGACUCUUCUGACGAUUCUUCGUCUGAUGACAGCUCAGAAGAUGAAGAUGAUCAUUCUGAUCGAGAACAUUAUGAGGAUGAUCAUUCUAAUCGAGAGCAUUCUGACGAAAGGGAACAUUUUAAUAAAGGUAAAGAUGUAGUCCAAGAUAAUCUUGACCAAGACAACACUAGUGAUUCAGAUAAUGAUGACGACAUUACGAAGGACGAAACUGAAAAUAACGAAUCAAAAAUCAAAGAUGAUUUGGAAGAAUGGAAGCGAAAUUUAGAAGAACAACAUUCCUUAAAGAUGAAGGAGUUGGAAGAACAAAAAAAUAUUUUAUUAGAAUUGCAAGAACAAUUAAAAUUUAACGAACAAAAACAAGCUGAAAAAGCAUCCUUUUUAGAGCAACAACAGCAAAAACUUUUGAGUGGACAGCAAGAUUUUCUACAAAAACAAAUAAAACUUCAGCAAGAAGACAAAGAAGACUUAAAAGAAAAGUAUAAAGAUCUUACAGAGAUGCAGAUGGAAAUUUUCAAGAGACAACAAGACCAACAACAAGAGUUACUGAGACAUAUAUUAGAGAAACAAGAACAGCAUUCAGAGCAGCAACAAGUCUUACAUCAAGUUGUCCGAAUGAAAGAUGGAGAAACUAAUACUGAAGAAGGCGCCGUAGAUGUACUUAAUGUUGGUGAAAAAAGACCAAUAUCAAUUACACCAGAGGAUCGUUUAACAGAUUCAGAACCACUUCUGGACAAUGUUUUGAACAGUGAUAAGAUAGAAGUUGGUAAAGAGCCUGAGGUCAAAGUGUUUGCAACUGAAGAUAGUGAAGCAAUUUUAAUUGGACAGGGUGAUUCUGGUGUACUAUUAUCUCGUAACCCGCCAGAUGAAGACCCAGCCGUGAUUGUUCAGAAAAUACCCGCUGUUUUAAAAGUUAACCAAGAAAUAUUAGCUCGCUUUAAAGACGAUGGCUGGUAUUAUCGAGGAACGAUAAAGAAAACAUUAGACUCGAAUACAUUCGUUGUGGAAGAUGGGGUAGGAGAUAUGGAGAAAAUUAUUCGUGAUGACAUUAUCACUGACAAUGAUGACGCGGAUAACAUAAUUCACCCUGGUGAUUGUGUGGUGGCUUUGCAUCCACGAUAUCAAUAUGCGUACGCACCAGGAUUGGUUCAUGGGGUAGAAAACGAUGGAGCCUUAAAAGUUCAAUUUUAUGAUUCUCAAAUGGCUAUUGUACCGAGAGCCGAAGUCUAUUUGAUUUCACCAUUAAAGUAUCAACACGAUUGCAUGUAUAUACGACAAUGUGAAGAUGCCUUGAUUGGUCAAGCGGUCGUGUGUCGAGACAACAAAACAGGUGUAUUCCAUCUCGGAGCAGUUAGAGAUCGUGUGAAAGGACCUAGAAAUUAUUUAAUCGAAUGGGCGGAUCAAAAUCUUGAUAUACAAAAUUACGCGUACAUAUUUGGAGCACACACAAAAAGACAAAAAUUUGAGAAGAAUAAUUAUGUGUUGGCUAUAUUUAAUCCAGAAAUUUUUUCAUACCUACCUGGCAUUGUACUUGAUUCAAAUGAAUCGAAUCUGACUGUUCAAUUCUGCGAUUCGAACAGGACGACUUCGACUGUUGAUGCUGCGCAAUCGUUUUGGAUGUCUUCUGAUUAUUAUAACGAUGUGGUAAAAUAUUUCAAAGAAAUGAAUCCCUAGCAAGUAGUUUAGCAGGCAAGACUGACUGACAAUCCGGGAAGGGUGGCCAUUUCGAUCAGUGUUUGCAAUAAAAACUUUUAAAAAUUUUACUGUGUUUGCUUCCUUUUUUCGUUUUCUAUUUCUUUUUCUUUUUUUUUUUUCUUUUUUAAAAUUUUUAUAUUUAACAAUAUUGGAUUGUAUAUUAAUUUUGUAGAUAGCUACUUCUACUGUGUAAA